AUGGGAGCGGAACACCAUUUAUGGGGUGAAGCGUAUAAAUCGUUGAAAAAAAAUAAAAAUGAUAUGAAUCCGGAACUAAAAGACAAAAUUCAAGCACUAAUUAACCACAAAGAAAAGCAAAGCAAGGAUUUUUUAAAUGUUUUUAUCUGCCAAAUGGAAGAAAUUGGAACUUUGCAAAGAUUAAGAGAUUUUGCCGAAGAUGAAGAGCGACCUCAACUCACGAGUGAAAUCAAAGAAAAUUUGACUGAAACCAUCGAAAAAGAAGUGGCUUUCAUUGCCAAAAACAUUGAAACUAAGUUAGAUAAAAACCAAAAUCUUUAUUUUAAACUAACUCUCCGGGGUUUACCCAACUGCUUUUAUGCUUUUAGUUAUAAUUUCCCAGUAAAAACUUUCCGAACUUUACAAGAAGCUCCGGAAAAACUCAUCAAUCAGUUAGCCCUAAUUGCUUAUCAAGAUGCAGUCCAAGCACUCAACCAGUAUGGUGCCGAUCAUGAAUAUCCUAAUCUAGGAAAGGUUAUAAAUCUGGCUCCAAUCUUAAGAAAUUUAGGAGAAAUUUUUGCUAAUCUUAAAAGAAUGACCGGCAAAUUAAAGGAUUACACGGAUCGAGAACUAGCGAAUGAACUAGCGAAAAGAAUUAACCAGUUUUCUUUAGAUCCCAUUUGUUUACUUUAUCCUUUAGUAGUGGCAGGAUUUAUGAAUCAAUUAGAAAAUAAGUUAGAAUUAACCCAAAAAAUCCAAAUUCUCCAAGAAUUAACUACCCAGUUAGAA